AUGGGCAGUCUUCUCCCUCAUCUUGUGCUGGUCUCUUGGCUGACCAACCUGCUGAUCCUGGGCGUUUCCAGUCAGACGGUCCACAGCUUCAGAGACAGCACUGUCCCUUUGGAGGUUCUGGACCAAGAGAAAGCCUACAGCCUUAUCCAGCCGGGCAUCUUCCCGGGCUCCAGAGCUCAGGCCAACCAGUCAGGAGACCUUCUCAGAGAUGUCCUCACACCGGCCCCUCAGCCCUCCGUCAUGUGCUCAAAGCCAACAGAGAUCCGGCACGCCUUCAAGUACAUCAACACUUUUGUGUCUUGCACUAUCUUCAUGGUGGGCAUCAUCGGCAACUCUACCCUCUUGAGGAUCAUCUACAAAAACAAGUGCAUGAGGAACGGGCCAAAUGUCCUCAUUGCCAGCCUGGCUCUCGGGGACCUUCUUUACAUCCUCAUCGCCUUGCCCAUCAAUGUCUAUAAGCUCCUGGCAGAGGAUUGGCCUUUCGGCGUGCAGGUCUGCAAACUUGUGCCCUUUGUUCAAAAAGCUUCCGUGGGCAUCACCGUUCUCAGCCUCUGUGCUCUCAGUAUAGACAGGUACCGAGCUGUAGCCUCUUGGAGCCGGAUCCAAGGGAUUGGAAUCCCCAUGUGGAAGGCGGUCGAGGUGACCCUCAUCUGGGCGGUGGCCAUCAUCCUUGCCAUCCCUGAAGCCGUGGCCUUUAACCUGGUGAAGCUGAAUUACCGUGAACAGAUGCUUUGGGUCUGCAUGUUGGCUCCUGAGCAACCAUAUGGCUUCAUGAUGUUCUACAAGGAUGUGAAGGACUGGUGGCUCUUCGGCUUCUACUUCUGCUUGCCUCUGGCCUGCACGGGUGUCUUCUAUUCCCUCAUGUCGUGCGAGAUGCUCAGCAAGCGGAAUGGCAUGAGGAUAGCGCUCAACGACCACAUGAAGCGGCGCCGCGAAGUGGCCAAAACGGUGUUCUGCCUGGUGGUGAUCUUUGCUCUCUGUUGGCUACCUCUACAUCUGAGCAGGAUCCUCAAAAAGACCAUCUACAACCCGAGGGAUGCUGACCGAUGUGAGCUGCUUAGCUUCCUUCUGGUCAUGGACUACUUUGGCAUUAACAUGGCCUCGCUCAACUCCUGCAUUAACCCUGUGGCUCUCUACUUUGUCAGCCAGAAAUUCAAGAACUGCUUUCAGUCUUGCCUUUGCUGCUGGUGCCAAACGCCCACCCUUGGCAUGGUGCCAACGGAUGAUAAAGCUUCCCUCGGGAAGUGGAAAGCCAAAGGGCAGGAUUUGGGCCUGGACAGGAGCAGCUCCCACCUGAGUAACAAGUACAGUUCUUCUUAG